CCUUCUCCUCGUCUGAUCCACCAGGAGCUAACAUUCACUGCUGGGCGCUUCAUCAGCAAUACCACCAACUGGACGCAUGCAUUAGUUAAAUACCACUUGGGCUUGACAUUUUUUCCUUUUCUUUUUUCUUUGAAUUAAAGAGAAGGGGAUUUUCACUUCUGAGAUCUGUGUGUGCAACCAAGAUCUUCUAUUACCUCUCUCUGGAGCUAAGGUUCCAACAUGGGGAUAAAGGCAGCUCUUCCAAAAUAUGAGUUGUAUUUCUACACACUGGUGCUCUCCCUCGCAGGUCUCUGGGCAGCAAGUUGGAUCUUUGAAGCAUCUAGUGCUAAUGUGAACAGGAAGGCCUUUAAGGAGAGCGUCAAGCCAGGAUGGCAUUACUUUGGUCGUAAAAUGGACGUAGCUGACUUCGAGUGGGUCAUGUGGUUUACAAAGUUCAGGAACCACAUUGUCUUUGCCCUGUCCGGUCACGUGAUCUUCGCAAAGAUCUGCUCAAUGGCGGCACCUCAGCUCAGAUCCACAGUGUACAUGGUCUACGGGAUGCUUGCUGUGUUUGCUACCAUGGGGCUCACCUUCACGAUGCUCAUCCUUUCCCAUUGCGUCCUCCUGUACAGCGUCUCUCUGUCCAAGCAGAAAUGGCUCUGCUUUGCUGCUGGACUCGGCAGCUUAGCCACUUUUAAACUGGAGCCUUUUAGUUCCUGGCAGUCUGGCUUCGUGACUGGGAGUUUCGCUCUUCAAGAUGUUUUGUUUUAUGGAGGAAGUGGUUUCACCAUCAUGCGCUACAUGAGCUUUGCCUUGGAGAACUAUGAGAAGAAGGAUGGGAAUUACUCCUUCUUGGAGCUGCUCAAGUACAACUUCUACCUGCCCUUCUUCUUCUUCGGACCCAUCAUGACGUUCGAUAGGUUCCAUGCGCAGGUCAAUACUCCUGACUUGACUCGUAAAGAGCGUGAGAUGUGGAACAUCCGGAUCCAGGCGGUGCUGCACUUGGCUGCCAUUGUUGUGGUGGACGUGCUUUUCCAUUUCCUCUACAUUCUGACCAUACCUUCUGACAUGAAGCUAGUGAGACAGCUAUCGGACUGGUCGCUAGCGGGCCUGGCCUACUCUAACCUGGUGUAUGAUUGGGUGAAAGCAGCAGUCAUGUUUGGGGUCAUCAAUACCGUGUCACGACUGGACCACCUGGACCCCCCACAGCCCCCCAAGUGCAUCACCAUGCUUUAUGUCUUCGCAGAAACGCAUUUUGACAGGGGGAUCAAUGACUGGCUGUGCAAGUAUGUUUACGACUACCUUGGUGGUAACCAUAACAACAUUGUAAAGGAACUGCUGGCCACCGUUUGCACUUUUGCUGUGACGACCCUGUGGCUCGGCCCCUGCCACGUGGUUUACAUCUGGUCUUUCUGCAACUGCUUUGGCCUCAACUUCGAACUGUGGGUGGCAAAGUUCUUCGAGCUCGAGCCGUUUGCUUCGAUGGAGGCGAAGAUGUCGGAAGCCAUGUCUCGCAGGAUCAGGGGCAUGUUUAAUGCAGCUAACUUCUGGACCAUCAUCCUGUACAAUGUCCUGGCUUUGAACAGCCUGGACUUUGCAAACCUGGUUUUUAAGAGGUUGAUCAUUACAGGUUUCCCCCUGUCCACUCUGAUGAACUCAUCUCUGUUGUUGGCUCUCCAGGUUUCCCCCUGUCCACUGUGAUGAAUUCAUCUCUGUUGUUGGCUCUCCAGGUUUCCCCCUGUCCACUAUGAUGAACUCAUCUCUGUUGUUGGCUCUCCAGGUUUCCCCCUGUCCACUCUGAUGAACUCAUCUCUGUUGUUGGCUCUCCAGAUUUCCCCCUGUCCACUCUGAUGAACUCAUCUCUGUUGUUGGUUCCCCAGGUUUCCCCGUGUCCACUCUGAUGAACUCAUCUCUGUUGUUGGUUCCCCAGGUUUCCCCCUGUCCACUCUGAUGAACUCAUCUCUGUUGUUGGCUCUCCAGGUUUCCCCCUGUCCACUCUGAUGAACUCAUCUCUGUUGUUGGCUCUCCAGGUUUCCCCCUGUCCACUCUGAUGAACUCAUCUCUGUUGUUGGCUCUCCAGGUUUCCCCCUGUCCACUCUGAUGAACUCAUCUCUGUUGUUGGUUCCCCAGGUUUCCCCCUGUCCACUCUGAUGAACUCAUCUCUGUUGUUGGU